GCGGAGCCCCGAGACCGCGCGCGGUACCCUUCGCUCUUCCCACGUCUUCUGGUCCCAGCGAGCGCGCCUCCCGCCUGCCCAGCAGACGAGCGAUGGGGGUUCUGAGCUCCAGGCGCUGCGUAGAGUGGCUGUUGGGCCUCUACUUCCUCUGCCACAUCCCCAUCACCCUGUUCUUGGACAUGCAACUGGUGCUGCCGGCCGAACUCUACCCGGUUGAGUUUAGAAACCUGCUGAAGUGGUAUGCGAAGGAGUUCAGGGACCCUCUGCUCCAGGAUCCCCCAGCGUGGUUUAAGUCCUUCCUGCUCUGCGAGCUGGUGUUUCAGCUGCCUUUCUUUCCCUUUGCAACAUAUGCCUUCUUUAAAGGAAGCUGUAGGUGGAUCCGCAUCCCUGCAAUCAUCUACGCAGUUCACACCAUCACAGCUUUAAUUCCAAUUCUCUCCACGAUUCUAGUUGAGGACUUCUCGAAAGCCAGUGGUUUCAAAGGACAAAGACCUGAGACUUUGCGUGAACGACUAGCCCUUGUAUCAGUCUACGCCCCCUACUUACUCAUCCCUUUCGUACUCCUGCUUUUCAUGUUGCGGAACCCCUACUACAAGUAUGAAGAGAAAAGAAAGAAAAAAUAAGGGAAACGCCACUGGCCCAGCCAGGGGAGAUGCCACAAGGCAGCUGCCUGUUGAACCCAGUACAAGGACACUGUUCAGAACCCAUAUCCUCAGUAGCAAUUGGAACCCCUGCAGCGACGCAAAAUGGCGGCAGAGCCGCCAAUCCUUCACCUUCUAAGGGUACGGGGAUGAAUGGCCUGAUGAGCUGAGGUGGACAGAGGAGUGUGAGCAAGGUGACAGGGAAGUGGUGCCUAGUGUCUCGUCUGCACCUGCGUCCCACUGCAGGACUAAAAUCAGCCCAGGCAGAACCAGAAUAAACUUGCAUGAGCAUGGCCUGCUAGGCAUGUUCACUUGUCCCACAACACAGAUACAUAUGACAGCCCCAACUCAGGAUUCUCUAGUUCAUCACCCGUUAGCAAAGUGAAGAGGGGAGUGUUCCAGGCCAUUCGAAAUUUUGAGAGUAUGCUUCCUGAAAUAUAUUUAAAAUACAUGAUGGGAGCUAGCAGAUGGCAUAGCAGUUAUGUUGCUGGAUUCUCUCACAUGGCUGACCUGGAC